UUAGGUCGACUAUACGAUGAGCCGCUUGGCUAUAAUCUUUACUUCAACGAGUCUGUAACAACAGUCACAGUACACGACGACCCUGUCUUAACGCGAAGGAUUGUUUACGGCGCAGUUGGACUUCUUGCACUGCUCACACUUCUAACCGCGACAUCGUGUAUUCUGCUGAUGCGACGAAGGAAAUCUGAUGACAAAUUCAACGUGUUCGAAGAAGACAUUCGAAAAAGUCUCAUAAUAACCCAAAUAAAAGGGAAAACAGCAACAGAAGUGCUGUCGACACGUCAACCUCCAUCGCAUGUCCUUCCCAAUAUGUACUCAACAACGAAAACCACAAGCACAAGUCUGUCCUCAAAGAGUGCUUCACCCAAGUUCGGAACUGCAACAUGGAACGAUUUUCACUUUCCUCCUCCUCCAUCAGCUGCAAAUGACAGGAGUUCUGAAGAGAAGGUUCAUCACUAUACGUCGACUCUAGCCAGAGAUCAGGCCGAAAAAGUCAUGAAGGUUCCCUCUUCGACUCUAGAAAUUGGAGCAGACCUCGGCUAUGGAAAGCUGACAGUUGUUAGGGAAUGUUACGUUUCUUCAUUAGGAAAUGCCGCUUACAAGACGGCAAAAGAUCGGGAUAGUUUCUAUGCCAGGAACGCCUUAUUCGAUGAGCUGAAAACCUUGACACUAGCCAAAAAUCCACAUAUCGUACGCCUCUUGGCAACAGACGACAACGGUGGACUAUUACUAGAGCUUAUCAUUGAAGGCAAUGUAAAACAGUACUUGCAAUCCCAAUCAGUACCGGCAACGUGA